GUGUUUCCACUCAUUUACUCACGCACUCAUUCCCUCGCGGUCAUUCUUAAAGUGUAGCUGCGCAUUUUUCGACGGGUGAAUCAGAGUGAAAGUGAGGCACAUGGAUGGACGGUCAGCUGUUCUCGUCAUCAUCAGCGUGUCUGUCUUGGAUUAGAAGAGUCAUCCUGCAAAACAUCCCAUCCCCUUCCCUCUUCUCAGCCGCUGGGAUAUCCUACUUGUAACUCCUGCUAGUUAAGAUGGAGGGGAAGGAGAGGAAGCAGUCCACGGGGUCCUUCUCCAGCAUCAGCAUGGGGCGAGGUGCAGGCAGCGAGACCAGUGAUGGGAGGAGAUCACGGCUGUUGUCCCUCUCCUCCAUCACCACCAGUGUCAUACGCCGCGCUUCCUCCAGAAUGGAGGUGGUGGACAUGCCCGGCGGAUCCAUGCUGGUGAAGGUGAACGAGGAUAACGAGUCCACCCAGGGCAGCGUGGAUGGGGCGCGCACCAUCGCCGGCAUGGUGGGCGCCACGGACACCAACCUCGUGGACAAGAUGAUCAAGCAGGAGAUGGCCCACCACAGUCCUGCUGUGGGAGCGCCUCGGGAGGAGCAGAAAGACUCGGAGGAGGUGGAGGAUGACGCGAUCAAGCCGAGGGAGGGCGAGGAUGACGGGGACGAGUCUGAGAGAGUCCUUGCCUUCGGCGCCACCAACAUCCUGCAGCACCUCCACCUGGCCCUCGCCUCGCCCACACUCUUCCGCCUCCCCGCCCUCGCCUACAAGUGGAGCUCCAAUGAGGGGUCGGGUUUCCUGGCGGCGUAUACUGUGCUGCUGCUGCUGAUCGGCCUGCCCCUCAGCGUAAUGGAGCAAACGCUGGCGCAGUUCUCCUCAUUGGGACCCACCACGAUCUUCAGGUGCCUUCCCAUCCUCGCAGGCGUGGGCGUGGGCAUGGUGGGCGUGUGCAGCAUAUUGAUGCCAUAUACCAGCACAGUGCUCGCCUGGUCUCUGCGCUACACCCUGGAUUGUCUGCAGCCUGAAGUGCCGUGGAGCAAGUGUCCUAGCGGCACCAACACCUCAGGCUGCCCCGACGAGCUUGCCCCCAGCGAGUACUACUUCAUGAGAACAGUACUGGGGACAACACGGAUCGAGGACGGGCAGGGGUGGACUGUGGUGCUGAGCCUCGGAUUAAGUCAGACUCUGUUGUGGCUGGCGCUGAUCCUGGCGGUGUGGCGAGGGGAGGCGUGGCGGACGGGAACGCUAUCAAGGGUGUGGUCUCUGGUGACGGCGGGGGCGCUGGUGGUGCAGGUGGUGUACGGCCUGCAGCGCCCCGAGAGUGGAACCGGUCUAGGCAUGGCGUUCAUCUUCAACUGGCGAGACUUGGACAAACCUCAGUUAUGGCUGGAUGCGUUUGGCCAGGUGCUGUGGUCGAUGGGUCCCUGCAUAGGCCUCCUCAUCAACAGAGCAAGCUACAGACACUUCCGGGACAGGAUUCGCCUGGACGUGUACACCGCCAUCGUGACCAACCUGCUGGUGGGCAUGGGCUCCUGCCUCGCCGUCUUUCCUUUCCUUGUCUCCCGUCACUUCGUGGAAAAGACGCCGGGGUUCUUCCUGGUGGAGGCGUCGAAGGCGGUGACCCACAUGGAGGUGCCUCAGAUCGGCGGAGUGCUACUGUACCUGGGGCUGUGCAAGGCGCUCUUCGACCACACGCAGAUCCUGGCCUCCACCGUCACCGUGGGCGUGUCAGACCUUCUGCCGGGGCGCUGGAGGAGUGGCAGCAGGUUCUUCCUUUGCUGUACUGCCGUGUGUUUGUUUGGCUUCGUGGCCAGCCUGCCUUUCAUCACACAUGAGGGCAUCUUCCUGGUGCAGGCCGUAGACACCUACUCCCCGUGGGCCAGCGGGCUGUUCCUGGGCGUGGUGGAGGUGGCGGGGCUCGUGUAUGUGUAUGGCGCCAACAACAUCGGCCAGCACUUCAGGCUGAUGCUCAGGAGUGAUGUGCGGGGCCUGGUCUUCCUGUGGCGCUUCCUCCUGCUGCCAUUCCUGCUUGCCCUGGGAGUGUGGGCGUGCGUAAUGGGCGUGCCGGGACCAAUAGAUUGGGAGGAUCUACAAAGGGCAGAGGAGAUGGAGGAGGCGUACCGGAUAGGCGGCUUGGUGAUGUCCCUGCUGCCUGCUGCCCUCGCGCUGGUGGCCACUAUGCUGCUACUAUUCAGACACACCAAGGUUAUUCGGCGACUGCUGGUGCCGGCAGAGACGUGGGGUCCUGCUCUGGCAGGACACCGAGCCCUGUACACACCGGGCAUCCUGAGAGCUAAGACCAAGGCGCCCUAUCUGGUGGUGCAGGUGGAUGUUGAUGGUAGCGCGGACAUCCCGGACAAGGGUUGGCUGCCCUUUGGUUUCUUCUGGGUUCCCUCCAAAUCAGAGACACACCUGCUAGCCAAUAGCGACGCCCCCACACAGAUGCUGCUGGCCAACUACCUCAAGAGUCGCUUCAGUGGCGUGUCGUGUGGCGAUAUUAAUCCAGCCAUUGGGGACGACGACGAGGACGACGAUGGGGUCCGGGAGGGAGAGGAGGGACGGUGGACUCAAACAGGAACGGGUUCUAAUAGCACCAAUACCGUCUCCUCCGGCGUUCUGCUGCAGCCCAAGAACCUUCCUGAAGACCGGACGCAACACUUCCACCGCUGACACACGCCUGCUCCUGCUGCGGCGGCGACAGCGAUAGCAGGAGAAAGGCAUUGACAUGUAACAUACACACACACACACACACACACACUCACAAACACACACACACACACACACACACAC